AUGUACGCAGUUGCCCGGCAGGGGCGCCUUGCCUCCAGGGCUCUCAGAUUAAUCCCAUCUUCUUCACCCUCGUCGAUUUCAUAUCUCCCGCGCCUCACACCUCUCGUAUUUCGAAAUGCCCCCUUAAAUCACAUCACCAAGCACAAAUUCUCCUCCAUCUCACAAUUCCGCUACAACAAUGCCUAUGCUGAAGAAGUAGAAGAAGAUGGAGAUCCAGCAGAUGCCAGUGAUCUUGGUGCAGAGGAUAUCUCAGAUGCCAACCGAGAGUUCACAAAGUUCUCCGAAUUGGGUGAAGCUGGAGUAAUCGACCCCGUCGUUAUUGACACCCUCGUCAACAAGAUGGGAAUCCAUACCAUGACAGAAGUGCAACGUAUGACCAUCAAUGAAUGUUUGGACGGCACCGAUGUUAUUGCUCAAGCAAAGACUGGAACCGGCAAGACCCUGGCAUUUCUCAUGCCAAUCAUACAACGUCUAUUGGGGGACAGCGGAAUCAAGACCGGAAGUCGCCGCGCACAAAUCGGUGAUACCCAAGCACUCAUCAUCUCCCCAACCAGGGAGUUGGCUGAGCAGAUUGCCGUCGAAGCCAAGAAGAUUACACAAAACACCGGUGUCAAGGUGCAAACCGCCGUCGGUGGCACUCAAAAGUCGUUGCAUCUACGGUUGAUGCAAUCACAGGGAUGCCAUAUUCUUGUGGGUACCCCGGGAAGAGUCAAAGAUUUACUGUCCGACCCUUAUAGUGGUGUCACUAUGGCAAACAUCAAGACCUUCGUUCUGGAUGAAGCUGAUCGACUGCUCGACAUUGGUUUUGGACCCGACAUUGAGGAGAUACAAUCAUACAUGCCUGAGCGCUCACAAAGUGAUCGGCAAACACUAAUGUUUUCCGCGACCAUCCCCAAAUCGGUUGUUGGAAUCGUCAAAUCGACCAUGAAACCAAACUUCAAAUUUGUCCGCACUGUCGACCCUAACGAAGCUGCAACACACGAAACAAUCCCACAAAAGACUGUGUUCCUGCCGGGAUUGCAAAAUCAAAUUCCUGCCCUGGUGGAAGUCGCUCAAAACGCAAUCGAAGACAACAAACGAGAUCCUGAAUCUUCAAUGCCGUUUAAAGCCAUUGUUUUCUAUAAUUCUGUUGCUGAGGUUCAUAUGGCACAUGAAGUAUUGUCAAACAUGCGGGAUCCUGGCCAAAGCAGAGGCGGCUUAUUUUCAAACCACCCUCUAGCGCCCUGCCAAAUCAUUGUCAUGUCUUCUCAACUUGAUCAGCGAGAGCGUUCGCGGAACUCGGAUGCUUUCAGACGUGCCAAGAGUGCCAUUCUUAUCUCUUCCGACGUGACAGCUCGUGGUAUGGAUUUCCCAAAUGUAUCACACGUUAUCCAGAUGGGCCUGCCCCGAUCGUCUGACGAUUACGUACAUCGUGUUGGCCGAACUGGACGUGCAGGCAAGUCCGGCACUGGCUACCUCUUCCUUCAGCAAGAUGAAGGUUACGAGGUUGAAAAAUUGAAGCGACGGAAUCACAUCAAAGAUUUUACAGAGGAACGACUUUCCACUUCAGAGUUGGAUAUGACAAAGCCAUCUCAGUUGACACCGGAGAUUGCACGAAUCAUGCAGAUGGUUGAAACGGGUGUGAAAAACACCAACUUCCGGACCAAAGCCAAGGCGUACAACGUUAUGUUGAGUGCUCUUGGUCAAAGUGGUGGUCGAUCGAAGCAGGAAGUAGUUGAUUUGGUGAACGACUGCGCGAAAUAUGGGUGGGGCCUUCAAGAGAUGCCUGUAGUUUCUCCUGUCUGGGUGCAGAAGAGCGGAUUCAGCCGAACAGAAGGCCUACGAAUAAAUGAUGCCUUUCAGAAUGACAGAUCAGACGAUCAAUUUGGAGGUAAUGGUCGUUUCAAUCGCGGAGGAUUCGGAAACCGCGACUCGUCUGGUUUUGGUGGUCGAGGUGGCAGAGAUGGUGGAAGAGGCUUCGAUCGCGGCUUCCGGGGUGGUGGUGGACGAGGUGGUGAUAGAGGCGGUUUUGGCCGUGGGGAUGACAACGGCUUCUAG